AUGACUGCAUUUUGUAAUAAGUAUGAGGAGAAUGUUCGUGAUUAUAUUAACACCAUUGAUGAGAUGAGAUCAAUGGGCAUAGGUAAGGACUUUUCUCUCCCCACCAUUGCUGUGAUUGGAGACCAGAGCUCAGGGAAAAGUUCUGUCCUGGAGAUGCUGUCAGACAUAGCUCUUCCCUGCGGCAAAGGCGUUGUGACAAGAUGACCCCUUGAAUUGAAGCUGAAGAAGGUUGCAGAUAAUAAACCUUGGAAAGGACAAAUACGUUAUCGAGAUUACGUCAAAACAUUGGAUCGUGCAAAUCAGGUGGAAGAUGAAAUUCUUCAAGCUCAGGACAUGCUGACUGAAAACACAAGCAUAAGUUCCGAGCUUAUAAGUUUAACAGUUGAAUCGAACAAUGCCCCAGACCUAACAUUAAUCGAUUUGCCUGGAAUUACCAGGGUUCCUGUUGGGAAUCAACCUCAAGACAUCGGAAAAAUGAUCAAAGGACUCAUCAAAACCUAUAUUCAAAGAAAGGAAACGAUCAUUUUGGUUGUCAUCCCUUGCACCAUAGACAUUGCAACCACUGAAGCUUUGAAGAUGGCACAGGAAUUUGAUCCUGAAGGCGAAAGGACACUGGGUGUUUUAACAAAACCAGACUUGGUUGACAAAGGUACAGAAGAAAACAUUAUCAAAAUCCUUGAGAAUAAAGUUGUCCCUCUGAAAAAGGGUUACGUACUUGUCAAGUGCCGUGGGCAGAAUGAACUAAAUGCAAAUACUACAAUGUCAGCUGCAUUGGAGGAAGAAAUCACAUUUUUAAAGAACAGCCCAGCUUUCCAGCCACUGCUGGAGAAAGGCAUUGCAUCCUUUGAACAUUUGUCUGAAAAACUCACCAGUGAACUCAUUCAUCAAAUCAUGGGCUGGCUGCCAGUUAUGGAGGAAGCUCUUCGGGAGAAAGUCAUUCAGGUCAGAACUAAAUUGAAUGAGCUCAGUGGCAAUAUUCCAGAGGAAGUUCAGGCGAGAAAAUGUUUCCUGAACAAUAAAAUUCUAAGCUACUGUGAAGAGCUCACUAAUUUAGUCAUGGGAGAUUACAAGAAGGACUAUGACAAUGAAAAGAAGAUAUGUGACUUUUCUCGCAAGGUAUUUUCAAAGUGGUACAACAGGCUGGAGAUCGAGAAAGUCAGACUUAAUGAAGAAGCACUCUCAAAGGUCAGGUUCGAUGAUAAAAACUCUCAAGGGAGAGAGCUGCCUGGAUUCACAAAAUACCGAGUAUUUGAAUCUGUUAUUCGAGAACAGAUCCAUAAGUUACUGGGGCCCUCUCUCCAAAUGAUGAAAGAACUUGCAGAUAAAACCCAGCAAGUGUUUAACAUAAUGGGAGUUGAACAUUUUAAUCCUUUUCCAAAUCUAAUGCAAGCAAGCAAGGACUUAAUUGCUGAAAUCCGACACGAACGGGAACAGGUUGCAGAGCAGAUGUUAAGGAUGCAUUUCAACAUGGAGGGCAUGGUCUAUGCACCAGAUGCGAUGUAUGGCUCCAAACUGUCAGAGAUUCAAUCAAGAUCUGAGAAAGGCAAUCAGCGGGAGUUCAAUUCACCACGUAAUUCAAGCCAUGAAAUGGCAGCUUAUUUACAAGCCUAUUAUCAGGUUGCUAUUGAUCGAUUGGUUCAAAUGGUACCCAUGGUUUCAAGAUAUCAUCUUCUGCAAGAAUUUGCACAUUGUGUCAAGCUGCAGAUGACUGAAAGAUUUCUCAAUGAAGCAGAUACUGAUGGCCUGCUGGAUGAGCAUUCUGAGAUUACAAGCAAACGUAAAAGAUUGACGGAUUCCCUGAAGCAACUGAACAAAGCAAGGGCUCUUUUGAUGUCUAAAUAAUUCAAGAAAAUUCAGUGACACGGGAACAUCCUUCAUCUCAACAGUUUUCCUCAAUGUUCCCCCAUUUACAUUCUCACCAUUGACUCCUCACUGGGUUACAUUUUACAAGCACCAGUCAUUGUCCCUUCCAUAGAUUGACACCGAGUGGAAAGUGAGUUUUGUGGAGAAGUGGGAUGCCUUGAUAUGGCUCCAAUUCUUCUAGAGAUGCCCAGGGCAGUUGCAUCCAAAGGCAUGUCCUGGUCAAUCAGUGCAAUUCAUCUGUAUUUGAGCAAACUGGACCAAAAGAUUGUGGAACUCGAGCACUAUUUGCAGUCAAUGUAAAUAAUGUACCCUUUACUUUUUGCACUUAAAAAACACAACUUUAUAAACUGGCCGUGCCAACAAGACUAGUGAUUACUUAAUUACAAUU